AUGUACAGGUCGCCUGUGUCGACGUGUUCUGAAUGUUUGAUCUAUAACAUCGGAAACAUAUAUCUAUCUAUCUAUCUAUCUAUCUAUCUAUCUAUCUAUCUAUCUAUCUAUCUAUCUGUCAUGUUUGAUCCGGCAUUAUGGAAAGUUGGGAUCGGCCAGGAACAUUUGCAUAUAAGAGGGAAGAAGCAGCGAGAUGUUAAAAUAUCGAAAAUAAUUCUUCAUCCUUCGUUUGCAUUGUUGGAUGAUGUUGAACCCGUGGGAGACAUGAAUUCCACGGCACUGAACAAUCGAUUCGACAUUGCCUUGGAUAUUGAACAAUCACUCACUUGUGGAAUGGCUGGAUGGGGCAUUGAUAAAAUUGGAAGCUAUGGACCUUUUUUGAGAGCCAUACAAGGAAAUAUUAUUUCUAGAGAAAACUGUUCACAAGUUUAUAAUAUAAGCUUUGAAGAAAAUAUUUUGUGCUUUGGAAAUGGUUACCCUGGGCCCUGCAAGGGUGAUUCUGGCAGUCCAGUCACAUGUGAAAAAAAUGGACAAUAUUACAUCAUUGGAAUUGUGUCCUGGGGUGUUGAACAGUGUGGCCUUGAGGGAUAUCCCACCAUCUUAACUCGCAUAGGAUCCUAUCUUGAUUGGAUACAGCAAACAAUGAAUGGUAAAGAAGAAUGA